UGCUGCAGAGUAUCCGGAGUGGUCCUCCCGGCCCCCCUGGUCCUGGGAUGCCCCCUGGGGGACGCGGACGGGGACGGAGUCAAGGGAAUUGGGGUCCCCCUGGGGGAGAGGUCACCUUCUCCAUUCCAAGCCACAAGUGUGGGCUUGUCAUUGGCAGAGGUGGGGAGAAUGUGAAAGCCAUUAACCAGGAGACAGGGGCGUUCGUGGAGAUCUCCAGGCAGCCCCCGCCCAACGGGGACCCCAACUUCAAACUGUUCAUCAUCCGGGGGUCCCCCCAGCAGAUCGACCACGCCAAGCAGCUCAUAGAGGAGAAGAUUGAGGCUCCUCUGUGCCCAGUUGGCCCUGGUCCGGGUGGUCCUGGCCCUUCAGGUCCAAUGGGCCCCUACAACCCUGGCCCCUACAACCAGGGACCUCCUGGUGCACCCCCACACGGAGGACCCCCUCCCCCUCACCAGUACCCUCCCCAGGGAUGGGGCAACACCUACCAGCAGUGGCAGGCCCCCGGACCCCAUGACCCUAGUAAGGCAGCAGCAGCAGACCCCAACGCGGCCUGGGCUGCUUACUACGCCCAGUACUACCAGCAGAGCGGCGCUCCAGUGCCAGGGCAGCCUGCCGGCACUCCCAGUGGAGCCCCGGGUACUGGGGAGCAGCCACCCGUUAGUCAGAGCGCCACGGGACAGCCAGACUACACCAAGGCAUGGGAGGAGUACUACAAGAAACUAGCUCAAGCGUCUGGCACAGCAACAGCAGCAGCAGCAGCAGCGCCCCAAGCAGCCGCAGGUCAGACUGACUACAGCGCAGCCUGGGCAGAGUACUACAGACAGCAGGCAGCUUACUACGGGCAGCCAGGGGCCCCCGUGCCGGGGCAACAGCAGCCUUCCUCGCAGCAGGGGCAGCAGGCCCAGUGAAGAGGGGGGGGGUAUACAACAUUUGAAAAGUGAACUCUUAAAUCCUGUGAAAACAAACAUUCAAUUCAGUCCUUCUGGGUUUUUUCUUUUUUUUUUUUUUCAAAUAAACCUUGGGAUUGCCUGGCUGUAGGAUCUCUCCUCUUCUUGCCCCUCUAGUCAAGAAAUCUUCAAAGGUAUAUCUACAAGAUCUAUCAGCCACACAAAAUCACGGCUUUUGAAUGAACAAACAUUUUCUGGUUGGUACAAGAUUUGGAGAAGACUGCCCUCUCCCCUCUUCCCCCACCCCACCCCC